AUGGAUUUCCAAAACGUGAAUCCUUUAAACGUUCGCUUAAACCUCAUUUCGGGCAACUUGUUACCCUUGACAUCAGAUGAUUCGGAUUUUUCAAUCACGUGGAAGCUAUACGGCAUCUGCACGUGGCUGAUCGAAGUGAUCCAAAUAAUUGUAUUAAUUCCUGGAAUGGUCUUGGCCCCGUGGGAAAAGGUUUUGAGAGACGGUACUGUUACCAGCGUGCUCACAGUAGAAGUGUUUUUUAUGAUCACGCGAAUUUACUCACGCAGAAAGCUGACGACUCAAUUGAUCCAAAGAUUAAAUGACAUUUUGCGUGUUGCGGACAAAACCAUGAAAUGUAUCGUAACGACGACUCUGAAACCUAUGGAGUUUCCGCUCAAGUUUUAUUGGAUAUCCGGUUGGUCGAGUGUCUUCGCAUGGUCCUGUACACCGUUUCUGUUGAUCCUCGAGAAGGCUUCUUUUUUAUACGAGGACUACAGGAUGCCAGUAGUCUUUUCCAAGCAGCCGUUUUCAACUGAGAUCUUUCUGCUGGGCAACAUCUUCAUGCUGUUCGGUAACAUGUAUAUUUUUAUAAAGAAAGUCGGGCUGGAUGUUUAUAUGAUACAUCUGGUGUUGUUGAUAACGGCGCAGUAUCGAUAUAUUUCUGCGAGGCUUGUAGCGAUAUUUCAAGAGGAAAGUCUGCGAAACAAAUUUAAUGAAUCUUCCCGGAUAUAUCCUUCUGAAAUAGAUCGAUCGGCGGAAAAAGAGAUGAAAAUGAUAUGUCAGCAUUACAGAACUGUCAUUCACUUAUCGUUGACGCUAAAAAAAUUGCUCUCUUUGAACUUUAGUUUGAUCUAUGUGAAUAGUGUGUUUCGGUUUUGUUUUAUUGGUAUUAUGGUGCGUACAGUAGCGGAUACAACAGGGUCCACGACUUUUGUGGAUGGUUUGUCGAUCUUCAUGUACGCAUGCGGCUCAAUAGUGCAAUUCUACGUAUUGUGCUUUUCCGUUCAACAACUAUUAGACGCUAGUACAGAAAUAACAAAAAAAGCAUUUCAUGAAAAAUGGUAUCACUAUGGACCGUCUAUAAGACGCACAUUUAUGAUGAUGAUACUAGCUAAUAAUUUAGAAUGCAAAGUUGCAGCGUGUGAUAAAUUUAAUUUAUCUCUGCCCUCAUUUAUGACAAUUAUGAAUCAAUCAUAUUCGAUUUGCCUCUUGCUUUUAAGGAGUCGAUAAACAAUAAUGAAGAACAUGUUGAUAUGUUG